GCCCACUCGCUAUAUAGUGAGGCGGCGACGGCGGCCGAGUGCGAGUGGGAAACGCUAGUGGGAGCGGGUGGCGGGCGAGCGGCGAGGCGCCUGCGCGGUGUCCGGGCCCCUGAGCCCGCGGCGCUGAGACAGCCGGGACGGACAUGCGCGGGAGGGCGCCGUGGGGCAGCCGCGGCUUCGCUAGGAGGAGUAUACAUAUUGAAUACUUCCAGAGUUUUGAAAGAGGCAUAAAAGAAUUCCAGGUGGUUGAGUUUACAACCUGAGGAACACACUUUAAAAGUUUCCUUCCAGACCCCCUGCAGGUUCCCUUUUUUGAGUCUACAGUUGGGAGUUAUUUUCCAGAAGAAGAGAGCACACAGUGACACUGCCCUGGGAGCUCCCCGUGCGAGCCAGUGGGAAGUUUGGACAGUUUCAUAACAUGGCCCAUUCACAAUUCCCCAUUGAAAUGUAGAGGCAGGUCACCUUCGAUGAAUGCACAAAGACACUAUUGUGGUCACAAGCGAGCUGCCUCAGUGAACACAAUUCUUUUUAUACUAAAAAAAAAAAAAAAUUUUUUUUCUUAAGAAAGCUAACAAGGAGGUGAUGGAAACAAUGACCGAAAAAUAACUUUUUCUAGAACGUGUACAUAAUGUUAAGGGACCACUGAAAUGGAAGUCCAGAAUUCCGAGGUCAUUUCAGCAGAGGCGAUGGUUACACAAUCACCCUGUUGAAAGCGAAGAUUUAGAUGGCAUUCGGAGGCCGACCCACAGUAAUUACUGGUAGUUCUUGCUGGCCUGCAGACAGGUGAGGGCUGGGCCUUCACCGUCCCCUGCAGCACUUUCCUGUAAUCUGGAUGGGCGAUCUUCAAACGUGUGCUUUCAAACCAGUCAGAUACCAUAUUCUUCUUCCUAUCUGGCCUUUCAGUUUUCUAUCACCACAGAUACUGUCCCUGUCGUCCUGCCAGUGCUUGCAGAUUGCUCAGAAACAGCACCCUAGACCACCGGGCAGGGACAGAGAGGGUGUGUCUAGCAAUUUUUUGCUAAAGAUUUUAUCUUAAAUUUUUCUUAGAGCUUAACUGCAUUCAGGGGAAGUAAAAACACAUUUGCUUUGUUCCUGAUCUUAAAAACCAACCCUCAGAAACAACAAAAAAAGACCUCCCAAUAACUUAGAUUUCUGAAAUGAUGGGGGUUUUCCUCCCCUCUUCUUAAUCACAUAUCUUUAGAGACCGAUGAAAGAAAGAUAAUGCUUGACUAUUAGAAAUAAUAUUUUAAACCUGUUGAAAUCUCUGCCUAGUAUAUGAAAACAGCUGACUUCGGGAGAGUAAAAAGCUGAGAAGGGCUGAUCGGACCCCGUCCUCCUUUGUCACUGAAACAUUAACUGUCUGCAUUCCUUUUUACGUGAAAAAAAAUGAAUCAUAAACAUUUGCAGAGUAUUUUUUUAGACCCUUAGCUUUAAAAAAAACAAAAAACAAACCCUGUGCCUUACAUAUUGUAUACAUUCAGUUGCUGCUGACAAUACUAAUAGAUGGCGUUGUACAAACGUUCACUUACUGAGCACCUGCUAACGUUCAGGUGGUGAUAAUUAAUGAUUGGGGUGCAGCCUCUUUCCUGAGCUCACAGUCUUGUAGGGGGUGACGGAUUUGACCCUGAAACAAAACUCUGACCUGUGUGCCCCUCCCCCAGCACAGCACCCAUCUCACUCGUCUUGUGUCACCCACAGUCCUCAGCAUGGCACCCAGCUCUCGGUUUGUGCGAAAAUACUUGCCAAGAGGAUGAGAAAGCGUUAGAAAGUGUAUGUACACGUCGCACAAGGGGCCAAUGUGACACGGAGACUUGACAAGUGACGUCCUCACCUUAUUCUAAGCAAACAUGCGUAUCUGAAGACAGGGCAGACGUGGAUGCUAAUAACGAAUACACCGUGGUAAUGAAUACGGAAAAUGGGGACUGGGGACUCCAGACACAUCUGACAAGGGGGCGGAGGGGUCUGAAGGAAAUGAAAGCCACUGGCUGACCACACAUCCCUCCCUGGGCUUCACGAGUUUUAAGACUUCCCAGAAUAAGGCACAAUGUCCAUGGCCGGAGUCGCUGCUCAGGAGAUCAGAGUCCCGUUAAAAACUGGGUUUCUGCACGAUGGCCAAGCCCUGGGGAGCCUGAAGGCCUGCUGGGGGGGCCGCGGCGAGUUUGAGAACGGCUUUUUGAACAUCGACCCCAUAACCAUGGCCUACAGUCUGAACUCGACGGCGGAGCACCUAACAUCCAUAGGGCGCGCUUCCAGGUCUGCUCCGAUGAACGGCAGCCACUUUCCGGAGCACGGCCCCUCCGCCAAGUCUCGCCUGCCCCCUCUCAUCAUCCCCCCGAGUGAAGGCUGGGGGCAGCAGGAGGAGGGUCGGGUGGCGUGUGGAUUGAAGAAGCUGGCAGUGAACGGGGUCUGUGCCUCCACGCCCCCGCUCACCCCCAUCAAGACGCCCCCGUCCCUCUUCCCUGGCGUGGCCCCCUGCGAGCGGGGCUCUAGGCCCCUGCCCCCCCUGCCCAUCUCCGAGGACCUCUCCCUGGACGAGACGGACUGCGAGGUCGAGUUCCUGACCAGCUCGGACACGGACUUCCUUCUAGAAGACUGCGCGAUCUCCGAGUUCAGACCUGACGGCCCUGGCAGGCGCAGCUUCCGAGGGUGCGGACAGAUCAACUACGCGUAUUUCGAUACCCCGGCCGUCUCGGCCGCGGAUCUCAGCCAGGCGCACGACCAGGCUGCUGGGGGGACGAGUGCCAACCCCCCUCUGUCCCAGGCCCACCGGAGACUGAGGAGGUCUCACUCAGGCCCCGCAGGGUCCUUUAACAAGCCGGCCAUCAGGAUCUCCAGCUACGUGCACAGGGCUUCUCCCAACUCCGAUGACGACAAGCCCGAGGUGCCCCCCCGGGUCCCCAUCCCUCCCCGGCCAGCCAAGCCGGACUACAGAAGGUGGUCGGCCGAAGUCACUUCCAGCACCUACAGCGACGAGGACAGGCCCCCCAAAGUCCCGCCGAGAGAACCCUUGUCCGGGAGUAACUCCCGCACCCCGAGCCCCAAAAGUCUCCCGUCUUACCUCAACGGGGUCAUGCCCCCCACGCAGAGCUUUGCCCCCGACCCCAAGUAUGUGAGCAGCAAAGCCCUGCAGAGACAGCACAGCGAGGGGGCCGCCGGUAAGGUCCCCUGCAUCCUGCCCAUCAUUGAAAACGGGAAGAAAGUGAGCUCAACGCAUUAUUACCUGCUCCCUGAGAGGCCGCCCUACCUGGACAAAUACGAAAAGUUUUUUAGGGAAGCAGAAGAGACACACACGAGCACCCCCAUCCAGCCCCUCCCUGCCGACGGCGGUGUCUUUUCGGCCCCAGAAAAGCUGGACUCGAAACCAAGAGUGGAUCUGGCAGGCCACGUGAAGCGCAGACAUUUCUCCUACGUGGUUUCCCCUUAGACCCUGGGUCCUGGCUCAGCAGAGGUGCCGCAGCAGCCAGCGGUUCUCCUGCAGUUCUGCAGCCUGAUGGCGGUUCACAGAAAGACGGGGCAGGUCUCAGGGUCAGAGAGUCGAACUGUCUGUCUUAAAGAGAAGGGUUUAGAGGGUCGUGAGGUGCUGCCAUGCUGAGCAUCCCUGACCGUGUUAGUGGCGGAGAAAAGUCCACUCAAGUCUGUGAUUUAAAGAUGUGAUGCGGGAAGGAAGGAUGGGGACAUUUCUGUACGUGCUCACGUUAUGCACCCGUACCUACACUUGUGGUAAAGUCGUAGAUCCUAGUUGCAAGUUAACCAAGUAGUUGCUAUCUUAGAGUAAUAUAUAUUUAGAAUGAUAAAAACUAAAGCUGGAGGAUGGCUCCUGGCAGACUGAAGAUUGAGCACAUGGAAGAGAAUACAGAAUACAGUAUUGUUUAGAUCAAAAUCAUUAAAAAAAAAACAACAACUAUUUCUGCUUACUAAGUUUGAGGAUUUCUGGCUCGGAGGCCUGUUCUGUUUUGUCUUAUUCAUCUUUGCAAGCAGUUUUUCCAUGGAGGGCAGGGCAUUCGUUCUUUCCGUGAUUUAACCUGCCUCGUUCAAGUCAUCCCAAGACCUAAAUCCUUUAGGUCUUGCUUUCUGGUCUGUUGAGGGGAGGGAUGGCCACAUAUUUGGUACCGUAUUCUCACCUGUCCGUGUCUCACAUCUUGAAAAAUGGGAAGGUAACAGAAUUAGUCAGUCAUUUUUCCUUACCAUUCCUGCUGUAUUCUACCCCCCACCCCCACCCCACCCCGAAACACAGGGCGCUCGGGGGGGGGGGAAAGCAAAUUCAACUCUUCGCCAGUGUUGAGGAUGUCAGUUGAAGCAAUAAUGAGACAGCAAUGCGGUUGAGAGGAUCUGUGUGGGGACGUGUGUCGUGGGGUUUUUUGUUUUGUUUGUUUCUUGUUUUUUUGUCCUGGGUUUUUUCCCUCCCCUUUUUUAGACUGUAUAAAUAAACGAAUACAACACAAGCUGGCCUUGUGUUGCUGGUUCCUCUUCAGUAUUUCCUGGGGAUUGUUUGCUUUUUAAGUAAAACACUUCUGACCAACAGCCCAGUAUGUCUUAAGAGCAGAGGUCACCUCAGCACUGCUUUGGAAACUCUCACAGUCGGCUGCUCCGCUCGGAGGGCUCACGUUCCCAUUUUCACAAGCUUCGCUUUAUUUAUCUUGUGUAGAGCCGCACAAAGGAGAUGGUGCUCAGUGACAGAAGUACCUUACUGCGACGUUCUUCAUGUUAAACAAGCUGUUUACAGUUUAAACUGCUGAGUGAUGUUAUUUGAGUUAUUUAAAGCUUAUAUUUUAGUAUGAACUAAAUGAAGGUUAAAACAUGCUUUAGAAAAAUGCACUGAUUUCUGCAUUUAUGUGUACAGUAUUGGACAAAGGAUUUUAUUCAUUUUUGUUGCAUUAUUUUGAAUAUUGUCUUUUCAUUUUAAUAAAGUUAUAAUACUUAUUUAUGACACCGUUAAUAA